GUCUACAGUAUCAUUAAGAAAACUCCACCAUAACCGUCAAUACUAGGCAGUUACGUAGUACCUACAUUCCGUAACUAUAAUUUGGAAGGAAGUACCAGGAACCAAGAAACUCAAGAUGGAGACGCCUACUCAGUCUCUUAACUGCAAAAUUGUCUUUGUCCUUGGACCACCUGGUAGCGGCAAGGGUACCCUCUGUAACCUCACUUGCAAUAAUCUCAAUAUGGCCGGCAAGAUCUACCAUCACUUAUCAGUAGGAGACUAUCUGCGCGAGCUUUGUGAGAUUGGAAUGCCUUGCGAAGAUGAGAACUUCGAUUUUGAUAGGAUUCGUAUCCAUUUACGAGACAGUCGACUACUACCCGCCAACGUCCUCAUUCCAGUGCUCAAGUACAAGAUGAGGACAACUCCGAACGGUAACGGCGCUGCCACUACUUGGCUAAUUGAUGGGUUCCCGCGUAACAUGGAGACUGCGCUGGCAUUCGAGAAGGAGAUCGGCGGGCCAGCGAAAGUCGUUGUUCUCGAAUGUACACAUCACACCGCCCGACACCGGUUCCUAACUCGUUCUAGAGAGAAGAGCGAUGACGAGAAAAAGUUCGAGAGACGAUAUGACGAGUACGUCGAAAACAUGAAGGAGAUUCUUAAGCAUUACGAAGGCAAAAUUGAGACGAUAUGCGUAGAUGGACCUUAUGUAGGCUACUCUCACCAGUUUCUGUGUGCAUUACCAGUUGAAAAGGCGUACUACUUAGGUACCUAGGUAAGAGGCUGGAAAGGUUCGCAUGCGGCUUUGAGAAAAUCAAUACACCCCACCUACUACAGGCCAGGGAACGGGGCAGCGGGGUCUAGUGUAGAGAGACAGAUAGAUUACCUAGCGAUGGCGGUAUGAAAAAAGAAAUUUUA